GUGGAGAGCCGGCCGUGCCGCGCCGCCGGUUCGGGGCCAUGAUCCGGAACGGGCACGGGGAGGCAGGCGGCGCCGAGCGGCCGGGUCCAGGGGGCAGGCGCGCCGUGCGGGUGUGGUGCGAUGGCUGCCCAGGCCCAGCCGGACCCUGGGAGCAGUUCCCCAUGGUGGCUUCUCAGAGGGCUUCCUAAGGACACUGCAGAGGAGCAAGACUGCACCCCCAACACUGGGAUGACGGCCCUGCCCUCUUCACAGCUAUGACAUGGUACAUUAUGGCCACUCCAACCAGCUGCGCCAGGCACGGGCCAUGGGUGACCACCUCAUCGUGGGUGUACACACUGACGAGGAGAUCGCCAAGCACAAGGGGCCCCCGGUGUUCACUCAGGAGGAAAGGUACAAGAUGGUGCAGGCCAUCAAGUGGGUGGACGAAGUGGUGCCAGCAGCCCCCUAUGUCACCACGCUGGAGACGCUGGACAAGUACAGCUGCGACUUCUGCGUCCACGGGAAUGACAUCACACUGACUGUAGAUGGCCGGGACACCUACGAGGAAGUGAAGCAGGCUGGGAGGUACAGAGAAUGCAAGCGCACCCAGGGGGUGUCCACCACAGACCUCGUUGGCCGCAUGCUGCUCGUGACCAAGGCCCAUCACAGCAGCCAGGAGAUGUCCUCCGAGUACCGGGAGUACGCAGACAGCUUUGGCAAGUGUCCUGGGGGGCGGAACCCUUGGACGGGCGUGUCCCAGUUUUUACAGACAUCCCAGAAGAUCAUCCAGUUUGCUUCGGGGAAGGAGCCCCAGCCAGGGGAGACGGUCAUUUACGUGGCUGGUGCUUUUGACCUGUUCCACAUCGGGCACGUGGACUUCCUGGAGAAGGUACAUGGCCUGGCGGAGAGGCCCUACGUCAUCGCCGGCUUGCACUUUGACCAGGAGGUCAACCACUACAAGGGGAAGAACUACCCUAUCAUGAACCUGCAUGAGCGGACCCUGAGCGUGCUGGCCUGCCGGUACGUGUCCGAAGUGGUGAUUGGGGCCCCGUACUCGGUCACAGCAGAGCUCCUGGAUCACUUCAAGGUGGACCUGGUGUGUCAUGGGAAGACGGAAAUCGUGCCUGACAAGGAUGGCUCCGACCCAUAUGAGGAGCCCAAAAGAAGGGGUAUUUUCUGUCAGAUCGACAGUGGGAAUGACCUCACCACGGAUCUCAUUGUCCAGCGCAUCAUCAAGAACAGGCUGGAGUACGAGGCCCGGAACCAGAAGAAGGAGGCCAAGGAGCUGGCCUUCCUGGAGGCCAUGAGUCAGCAGGAGGCACGGCCCGAGAGGGAGAGUGACUGUGACCUCUGACCAGAGGGGAGAGGUCGCCAAGGGCCCUCCGAGUGCUGGCCCUGUCCCAGCCCUGCCUCGGGAGCUUGGCUCGGUUUUUAACGAAGCUGCGGUGCCCUCCUUUCCAACCACCCAGCCGUGGAAGGGCUGGUGUGGAGGACACUGCCUUUCACCCUGCCCGUGAGGUGUCCGUCUUGCAGCAGGCCCUCCUGCCCUUCCUGCCGAGCUGCACAGUGAGGGGAUCCAGCACAGUGGAGCAGCCCAACAGGCAGGAUGAGCAGGGGGCACCUUCAACAGAGGGGUGCCACCCUGCAUGCCUGGGAAGGCCCAGUUUCCAUCCUUCCGGCUCCACUGCUGCUCCCCAUUCUGCCCCCAGGAAGCUCCUGCAGACCCUGGAUGUCCCCCACUGCCCAGCUCGAGGCGGUGGCCUUCCUGCCCGCCCGGCCUCCGUGGGAGCCAGCUUCAGGGAGCAGUGACCCAGGGGCUCGCCCCCUUUCCUCCUCAGAGUGCAGACCAUGCCGCCUCCCACGUGAGCGGCCUCUGCCCUGCAGUGUGUCCCUGAUGCCCCGGGGCCUGAUGCCCGGACGCUGCGCCCCCUGCUUCCCAGGCCAGCCUCCCCACAGACUGUUCUCGGUUUUGUAACUGACCAGCUGGUGUGCAACCGAAUAAACCUGCUGGGAGGUG